AUGAGUGGCUUUGAGGAGAUUACCUGGCAUGUCCCAAGGUAAACAAAGCGGCAGAAUCUCUGUUGGUCCUUUACUGGAAGAACAUGGGGGAUAAAAAAACUAUUUGAGGGCUGAGGCCUCCCAAACAGCCCAGUUUUCUAAUUCUACUUCCCUUCCUCGUCUUUCAACAUGGUGCACGGCUAACACUUCCCUGAAGGUCAGCGCCAAAUUGCUCCCAUUUCAAAAGCCAGUGGCUGGCUGAGAAGGACAGCUGGUGGGAAUUACAGGUAAAUGGAGAUUAAUGUGUUUUCUCUGAGGCAAGGUUUUCCCCAUUACACACUAGCGGCCUACUUUUAUUCGGCCUUAGCAGCAGUCCCUCACGACACACCUUUUCGGUGUGAGGCCUGACAUUUUCCCUCCUCUGUUCUUUUUUGUAUUUAAAAGAAAGUGCCAAGAGAGUGAGUGAGGAAAAAUAUCCUACGUUAGGCUUAUAACACAGGGGCGAGGAACCUCAGGCCCGGGGGCCAAAUGGGCUCUCAAAACCCCUCUACUUGGCCCUCAAAAUUCUCCUCACAACACACCCCUCUCCCCAGGCCACCAUUUCACAAUAGGGCCCUUUUUGGCACCUGAGGAGGACUCCAAAAUGGCAUCCCCCUCCUCACCAAAGAAGAAGGGCUGCGGUAAGGUCUAUAUCAGUAACAAGAUGGAAAAGAAAGAUCAACAUUAGGGAUCUACUCCCCGGUGAAUCCUGCUGCCUGAGGCGUUUGCCUCAGCUUGCCUCUUGGUUGAGCUGGCCCUGGCAGGACCCUCCAGGAGAAGCAAAUGCCCACAUUUUUCCAGGAGGAGAUGCUACCCUGACACCCAAUGCUGUCCUUCAGGAGACUCUGAGAACCAUCAUUCCCAAUAAGGGCAUUUUUCGUUUUAAAGAGGGAAUUGAGAAAGUCAGAGAGGUGGGCCCAUUUGGGCUGCUCCAAGCUGCAAGGGCAAAAGAGGCGUCAUUUAUCUACAGCCAGUCCUGGAUAAUGACAGUGCCCUUUCGCAGGCCUUGGGUUGGCAGGCCGGUACUUGCUUACACACCAUUCCUCCGACUUAAAUCAGCAGCAAAAGGCACAGACACAAGUCAAGAGGCCAGCUUUGUCCCCAUAUCCAAGCAGUAGCAACACUACUGCAGAACCUAGCAAUGCCAGACAUACUGUCACAGUUAAUUCAAAGUGCUGUGUGUCAUCGGCUGCCAGCAUUUAACACAUGGCCAGCAGAUCAAUUGAUGCAAGAUGAAUAAAUCAACACAAAGUUGAUAUCAACUAUGGCAAAGUCCAGAAACUUAUUUCAGUCUACCAGAACGCUCUGCAACUGACCUUGAGUUGCACUUCAAACAAAGGGACAUCAAAGAGAAACUCCAUUGUGAAACCCUAAAUUGCAAUUUAUUAGGCAAUUCAGUUCUGUUAUCUGUUGCUUGAAUCGAGAUGAGCUGAUUUUCAUCAUACUAAAUGCGUCGAUUACCAAUGUUUGCUGUGAAUCCUUAAGUUGCUGGCCUCUUGCCCAAUUAGUCUGAACAGAUGUGGUUGCAUCUUCGUUUGUGCUUGGGCUGUAUGUACAAUGAAUUUUGUGGUGUGUUCCGGGUAGAAGUUGUAGGGCGUUUGCAGUUUUCACCAGCGCUGCCUUGUUAAUUGGUCACAUAAUUGUCUCUCUAAUUGUCACUGCCUAUCCUUUUUUGCAUUUCAUUCCCCCUGGUGUCCCUCCCUUACAUACAUACCUACCCAACUCAUUGGCAUCUGAUGAAGCGAACUGUGAUCCAUGUAAACUGAUGCCAUAAGAAAUUGUUAGUUUUUUAGGUGGCACAAGACUCUUAGUUUUGGGAGGAAUUCCAGCAUCACACAAUCAGCACGGCAUUUAGCAUUUUUUACUUAGUUUUUAACCUUUAUCAGACAGGCAUGGCCAAACUUGGCCCUCCAGUUGUUUUGGGACUACAAUUCCCAUCAUUCCUGACCACUGGUCCUGUUAGCUAGGGAUGAUGGGAGUUGUAGUCCCAAAACAGCUGGAGGGUCAAGUUUGGCCAUCCUUGGAAGCAACGUUUUGUAUUUUAUCAGUUCCCCUAAAACUGAUGGCUACAAUCCAGUGCUGGAUUUACGUAUAAGCUAAACAAGCUAUAGUUUAGGGCUCCACUCUCUUUGGGGGCCCCCAAAAAAAUUAAAGGAAAGAAAACCUGGAUGUGCAUUUCCAAAAUAUAAGAUAAAAUAAAAUAAAAUCCUACAUACAGCAACAGUGGUUUGUGUUGUGUUGUGUAGGCUCCUAUGAUGUAAGUAAAUGGGCUAGCCUGCUCCCUAAAAUAUCACUGGCAUAUAUUCAACACAAAAAGCAGUGACAAUUUGUUGUUGACAAAGGACAGCUGGACAUAUAAAGGGCCCCAUUACCUUCAGUAGCUUAGGGCCUCAUCAAACCUAAAUCCGGCCCUGAUACAAUCUAAAAAAAAAUUAGCUGCAGAUGAAGCCUAAACUGGAUGUGACUUUUCACUGCUCUAAUGUGGUUCUGUUUUUUUACUUCAUGUGCAAUUCUUAAAGAUAGCUUAAAAAAAGAGAGCUGUGUAUGCAAGUCAAUUAAGUACUUGAUUUAGCUGAGAGGAGAUCUUGGGGGGGGGGGCGCAAUUUAAAUAAGUCUGCAAUGCUAAUGGGGAUAUUGUAAGUUACUCAACACAGCCCUCCCGCUUGCAGUAGGGUAUAUUACAGUGAACCGCACUGCAGGGAUGUUGUAUCCUGCUGCCUCAGUUCAACUUGCAGUGUGGGGAUAGAAGCAAUGGAUAACACCCUCUGUAUUUCUGCCUAACAUCCAACCUGAAACAGAGUCCUAAUACCUCUGAACAGCACAGAAAUCACAUAAAGCCUUGCCUACACUGCAGGGCAGUAGUAGGUCUUGCUGUACUUGGGGAUAAUUCACUUUGGAAUUCCAUUGGCAGGGUUGUUUUGUAAUAACCACACUAAAUAAGAACUUAGAAGAGCAGGAACUCUCUGUUGGGGGUGUGUGUGGAUGCACUGGUGUCCAAGCCCAGCAAUAUUAAGGCCCCCCCCGCCCCGAUUUCUAUGGGCAGUUAUUGACAUCUUUUCCUGGGGAUAUUUAAAAACAGCUUCUUACUGUGAACUAGGAAGCGCCCUAUCCUGACGAUGAGAGGGAUCUGUCCAGCCCAUUUAUAUUUAUAUUGCUUCUAAUUUUCUAGACACUCCAUUGCAUCUCCUCCACCCCAGUUUUUAACCUCCCUCUCCAACAGUCAAGUUGGCAUUAACGGACACUGAGCAUGCUUAGCCAUCAUGGGGACGUUUUCGGGUCCUUCCCCCUCUAACUCCCAUCUACUUCUGCAAACUACCCCAGGUUUGCCAAGACCUCCUUCCUUGUAGGUGGGCAUUGCUGAUUUGGCUCUGUUAACUGUGGGCCCUCAUCCCUGAAGAUUAGAAAUAGAACGUGAGAUGGUGUCAACUGAUGUUUCGCUAGACUUCUCCAUUACUUCGAAUCGCCCGUCUCCCUGUUUUCGUGGAAGCCUUGUGGAUGCGGAAGGUCUGAGCCGUUUAAUGCUGGAAAGUGAAUGGAAUGUCUUUGUCUGGAAAGAAAGGGGGUGGGAUUAGGACACCCACCCACCCCCAAUUCCGAGGUGUUGUUGAUCCUCAAAGGUCUACCUUCCACCACCUCAGGUCUUUCUCGAGGGAAGAGAUUCUCCAUGUUAUGUAUCUUUGCACAUGUAAGGGUGGUUUAGGAUCACAACUCUCAGUGAAGCAAAGGUUGAGAGGGGGGCUGUAACGAAUAGGUACCUUGUUAUCUGAAACUGAAAAUGUACUCUGGAGAGAGGAGAAGAUAAUAAAUAAUAAUAAUAAUAAUAAUAAGGAAAGAACAGGUGUCAGAAUGCAGAGAUGGCUGGCAGGGUGAGGUGGAGGAGAGGGAUCAUAGAAUUGCAGAACUAUGUUGAUAAAACUUGUUAGUGAGGGACAAUUGGAUUAGUGGUGGCAUUCUGGCUAUGAAGUCCUUUGGAUAGUGGGAAAGGAGUGUGUGUGUGUGUGCGUGCGAACAAUAAUCUUGUUCUCCCCCCCCCCCCCCACUUCAUGGUCAAAAGAAGGCCCCAUAGCCAAAACAUCAGCCCUUCUAAUCUUUUCUUUUCUCUACGCCCCCCCUACCCCACCCGCAACAUGUGCUUUAUUAACCCCCUUUUCUCAUUUAACUGCUUUGAAUAGCUCAGUGGGUAGCAUCCUUCUUAGAAAGUGAAGACUGGGCUCGCUGGUGGGGGUGUGUGGGCAGCGGCGGGAUGGGGGGGGGAGAGAGAGAGCUUCCUUGGAGAUGAGAUGUCAGAAGAGAAAUGCAGACAAACCCCCAGCCCCGGCCUAGAGAAAGAAAAGCCCCCUCUGUAAUCCUGUCUGCAGUGUCCUCAUGACCACAGGCUCCAAGGUAGCCAGGAAUUCCAGGUCCCCCUUUUGAGGGAAGACAAAUGGUGAGAUUUGGAAGAACCGGGUCACUGGGGCAGCUCCUUCUAAGCUCUGCAGGCAUGGAAGGGAUAUUUUCUUUUUUAAAAAAAGUAAUCUCACUGCUGCGUUUUGCUAGUAAACUAAAUUAGAGGGAGGAAUGAAAGGGCCCCUUGGAUACGCUCCAGGCAGCGCAAAGAGGAGAGGGCUUGCAUGUUUGAGGUCACACUUAAGCUUGGGCGAGUUUGUUUAUUUAUAUUUAAAUGUAAUGGUUGCUUUGUGGCCACAGGGGCUCUCAAAAGAGGCUUACAAUAAUAAUAAUAAUUUAAAAAGCAACAGUAGAAGUAUCAUGAAGCUAAUUCCUUAAAGGCAAUGCACAACUGUGUAGAGUCCAUGGGAAAACUGCCUUAUAUAUAUCCAGUCCAUCUAGCCCAAUACUGUUGACUCAGACUGGCAGCAGCUCUCCAGGCUGAGGUCUUUCACAUCAUCUAUAUUUCCUUUUCAACCAGGCUUUGGGCUGAUUAAUAUUCUACAGCCUUUUAAAUUAAGGUUACCAGAAGUCCCCGUUUCCUGGGGACAGUCCCCGGAUUUACAAAUCAGUCCCCAUACAAAAUCCAUUGAAGUUGAAAAGUGUCCCCGGAUUCAUUGAAAAAAAUCUGGUAACCUUAUUUUAAAUGUGUCUGUGGGAAGGGGGAGAGUUGUAGUUAUGCUGUUUUGUUGUUGUUUUUGCCCUGUAUUUUAUUGUGUGAGCAGCCCUGAUAUCUUAGGAUGAAGGGCAGUAUUUAAAUCUAAUAAACAAAAUAAAAAUAAAAUCUACUAGCUAAUUUCUCCCAAUAAGGAGACUGAGGAGCAUUUUACCACAGGUGAUCCCAAAAUGAGUGAUAAAUGGUUCAUCUGUGCACCCCCACCCUGUAAACAUUUUACUCCUGGCAUGGCAGUUUUGUUCCAAACAGAAAAUAAGUCUCUACAAAAAUAAGGCUAUAGAUGGGGCUCUCCACAUCUUUAUUGCUCUUUUGUUUGACAACUGCACACACACACACACACAGAGAGAGAGAGAGAGAGAGAGAGAGAGAGAGAGGUCUGGUUCACACAUCACAUUCAGCAAUCAUUAAUAUAAACUAUGGUUUAAGAUAAACACACAGUGUGCGUGACUUCUCCCCUGCUCCUCACCAUGGUCCGCUUAGCGUUACAUCCAAAUCCAGGUUCAUGCUUUGUUCCCCCCCCCCCAAAAAAAAAACCAACUAUGAGCAGUAAGCCGAGAACAAACCUUGGCUGUGUGUUGCCCGGUGACCAACAAACCACAAGCUUGGGUUUGAGCACAAUACUAAGCCAGAUCAUGGUUUGUUUUCAGGUGGCAGCAGCAGCAGCAGAAGAGGAGCUAAGUGCAUGCUAUUUCAGCCAGAAGCGGUUUAGUCAUGCUGGCCACAUAACCCGGGAAAGCUAUCUGCGCACAAACGCUGGCUCCCUCAUAGAUGAGCACCACACCCCAUAGUCAAAUUUGACUGGACAUAACCUAUUUUACCUAUUUCAGCAGCAUGCAUGUUUACGUUAAAUCGUAGUAUAUUUUAACUAUGUUUUAAUACAAUGUGCAAAAUGCCUUCGUUCAUUCUGCAGUUCCCCAUUCUUCAGUUCAGACUGGGCAAAACCAGAACCACCUAAGACAUACCAUUGGGGUGGAGAACCUCAGGCUUGGGGGCAGAAUGUGGCCCUCAAGGCCUUUCCUUCUGGCCCUUGGGACUCUUCCCAAGCUACACACCCUCUCCCUAGGCCACACACCGCACCAGCUCUGCUUUGUAUCCUCCUUAAGUAUUUCCCCCCCCCCCGAUGAAAUGUGUCCUUGAACUUUGAUAUUGCUUCCUGUUUGCCUGAUUGGAGGGCGUGCGAGUGUGUGUAGAAAACUCAUCUUCUGUACAAAGGGAAAAGUCACAUUUGCUGCCCCACCCAAUUUUGCUCUAGGCCUCGCCCCCUGAUUUGUGCCACCCACGCCCCAGCAGGCUGCUUAGAUUCCACCUGCCUGUAUGGCAGGGUGCAUGCCAUUUUCUAGUUAUUAUAAUCUUUACAACUACCGUGCUCCUUAAGGCAGCACUGUUGUCUCUCAUAUUGCAGGUGGUGUGUGUGUGUUUGUAUGUAUGUAUGUGUAAAAUACGGUUGCCAUACGUCUGGGACUUUCCAGCCAUGUCCUCUUUUGUGGGCCCUACAUGCCCAUCUAGGGGGAAUUUUACAUUUUAAAGCAAAUGUCCUGGAUUUGGGGUUUUUUUUAAAAAAAAUGUGCAUGGGUGGCUCUGGCACGGAUGACCCGGGCUCUGGCAUGGGCAGCUUGGGCUUGGCAGCGGAGGGGCUAUCAGAUGAUUGCCCUCGAAAAGCACAACCACUUUUUGUGUGUGGAUUUUUACCUCUUGAAAUAUGGCAACCCUAAAACAUGGUGGAGUAUGGCUUGCCUAAGAGUUUGUGGCAGAGGUUACCAGAGACUCCCCGAUUCAUCGCUUACUCACUUAGGCACUAUGAAGCACUAACUGUUGCAAUUUCACCCCCUCGUCACCCGAUUACUGAACACUUAGAAUCAUAGAAUUGUAGAGUUGGAAGGGACCCCAAGGGUAAUCGUAAAUCCAACCCCCUGAAAUGCAGGAAUCUCAGCUAAAGCAUCCCUGGCGGAUGGCCACCCAACCUCUGUUUAAAAACCUCCAAGGAAGAAGAAGUCCACCAUCUCUCGUGGGAGACCAUUCCACUGUCAAGCAGCUUUUACGGCUCGACAGUAAGAGUCGAACACAUCUUGCAAAUGUGAACCAAUUCUACGUUAAAGCACCAGCUGGAAUGUGCUUCCCUGGAUGGGUGUGUGUAGUGUUAGUGGAGGGGUAGUACCUCUGGUGGGGGACACCUUCUUGGGUACUUUGUCCACCUUUGGUCCCCACUGUACUCAGCUCUAACCUGCUCCCUUCUGUGGAUUGAGUGGACAAGAUUCAAUUGGGGCUCAAGUGGGCCGAAAGGUCAAGAAGGCGGUUUCUGCACAUGCUGUAGUGAGGGGCAGAUGGUGUUCAUCAACCUGGGAAGGCAGCCAAUCUAGGAAAACUCUGACCCUAAAUCUCCGCUGGCUUGUGGGAUAUCUUCUGGAGAAUAAAAGGCUAAAGAGUAAACCCUUACAGAAAUCCAGAGUGGAGUCCCUAGGCAGUUGGAUGGUGCCUUGUACACCUCUUUCCAGCAACUCCUGCAGCCAUGUUGGUGCCAAACAUAUUUUUCUGCUUUCCUUUGGACCACGUCAGUGAGGCCGAGAAGGAUGGGGGGGGGGUCCUGUUGUCUGGGCAGCCCAGGACCUCCAUAUGCACUGCCCUGGUUUGUGCCCCGGAGCGCUCACUUUGGUGCUGCUAAUACAGCAGUUUGACCUCACCUCCAGAGGUGCACUCCAUUGUCUCUUGAGACAGAUGGAUGCCAAUAACCCUGUGUGUUUGCAUGUGUGUCUUAAAAAGCAGAGACAUCACUUUGCCGACAAAGGUCUGUAUAGUUAAAGCUAUGGUUUUCCCAGUAGUCAUGUAUGGAAGUGUGAGCUGGACCAUAAAGAAGGCUGAUCGCCGAAGAAUUGAUGCUUUUGAAUUAUGGUGCUGGAGGAGACUCUUGACAGUCCCAUGGACUGCAAGAUCAAACCUAUCCAUUCUGAAGGAAAUCAGCCCUGAGUGCUCACUGGAAGGACAGAUCCUGAAGCUGAGGCGUCAAUACUUUGGCCACCUCAUGAGAAGAGAAGACUCCCUGGAAAAGACCCUGAUGUUGGGAAAGAUUGAGGGCACAAGGAGAAGGGGACGACAGAGGAUGAGAUGGUUGGACAGUGUUCUUGAAGCUACCAGCAUGAGUUUGACCAAACUGUGGGAGGCAGUGGAAGACAGGAGUGCCUGGCGUGCUCUGGUCCUUGGGGUCACAAAGAGUCGGACACGACUAAACGACUAAACAACAACAGAAAUAGCUGUGUGUAGAAAUCGCAUUCAUGGCUAUUCAUCCAGUUUUGCUUCUUGCCCUACCUUCCAUUGGCGUGUGACCCCGUGGAGGAAUGCAACUGUUGGGUGGGAAAAGGUUCCCCACCCCUGUCUCAAAUAAAGGGGGAGAGCUAUCCAUUGUGGAAGAGCAGGAACUACAGCAAACGAAACUGUGAGCUCCUUGGCCGCUGCAGCCAAUCCACAGCACCAGAUCGCCACAGCUGACUUCAAGGCAGUCAACCUGGCCUUUGGCGUAUUGUGCCUGCCAGUGAUUUAUAGAUUGUGCCGCUUGAAAGCAACAGCAUGCACAGCCUCUCCAUCAUUCCAAGCUACCUCACGCCAUUGUAAACAACUGUUUCGGCAGCAUUUCUACUCAUUUCCCUAAAAGCUUCUGCAGAGGGCCUUUGCCAGGCAUUGUGUGGAGUAAACUCAAUUAAUUAGUUCAUCCUAGGUCUGGGGUUUCAGCCAGAGAAGCAAGUAGUACGAGACCACACAGAAUCCCCUCCUAGGAAUAAAAUCAAUUUCCUUUAUACAUUAAAAAAAAAAAGAUGAUUAAAAUUCUGUCUGCUUUAAUUCACCAGGAUGAUUCAAUUGUCUCUGCCAUGUAGCUCCAGUGGGAGUUUUAGCAAAUGAUAACAAAUAAAUGACCAGCCGAAGCACAAUUCUUGGACAAGCAACAUUUCUCAAAUUGCUCCUCCCUAGACAAUCAUGAGGGAAAACAUGGAGAAAUUCCGUGGCAUGGGAAACAUGGUGGGCGAGAAGGAAAAGAGGACCGGACACAGAGGAGCUGUUGAAUUAAGCCACUUUGCCCAUUCAGGGAGAAGAGGACCCGUCCCCGGUGCCAUUUGUGUGAGGAGGUUUCUAUUGCAAAUGAGCAGGAGCCAUUGGCAAGGGCCCGUUUAAUUUGAUCGCAGUUCAUGGCAGACCGAGAACAAAGGAAGCGACCGAGGCAAUAAUUGCCUCCUGGUGGGGAGCUGGAGAGUUUAAACUUGGUUGGCACUUGCACUUCGAAUCAGACCACUCUUCCAUUGGCCCUGCCAAGCCCACAAUAGGCCAGGUAACAAAGAUUGUGGUGGUGGGAAGCGGGGGAUGCUUUCAAAGUCACACACAGCAUGUUAGCACAGCCUGGGCGAAUUGGAGGAGACUCUCGCAUGGAGGUUUAGGGAGGGAAGUCUACUCUUUAUCACAUUUGAAGUACAGCACAAGAGUUUUUCACCACAACCCAAUAGGGCAGGGGCUGCUUGGUCCAUGACCUUUGGGUAAUCUAAACCCUUGCCCAGCUUCUCAUGAAUGACGUCACACAUUUUCUCCUACAUAGAGAUGAUCGGCAUAUAGGAAUAAUGUUUACCUGUAUUUUUAUUUCAUUCCUCUUCCUAUGUUUUUAGCUGUUCUUAUUUUAUCUGUAAGCUGCCUUGAGUCCCUCUCAGGGAAAAGGGCUGGGGUAAAAUAUUAUUAUUAUUAUUAUUAUUAUUAUUAUUAUUAGCAGCAGCAGCAGCAGCAGCAUUCAUAUGAAGCAGCACUAAAGAAAGGCAUAGAGCAUGAAGAGGGGCUGCAAGGGAAAUUUUCUAGUGAUUUAUUUUUCUGUGAAAGAUUUUCCGUUUCACAAGCUCAUUUGCAACAAUGAAUGGAUGCCAAUUGCCAAAUGCAAUAUUGGGCAAGCUUGGCAGUGUCAAGGUUGUUGUUUUGCUUUGUUUACUAAAUACAAGUGCAGUAAACAUGCCAAAUAAGUUCACUCUCUAGGGCAUAGGAAAAUGUUGCACUGCAAACUUACUUUUUUCUUCUUCUGCAAUUGCCACAUGCAUAAGUGCCUAAAAUUGCAAAUUUCCAUUUUGAAUUUUCCAAUUCAAAAUUUCCCAGGUAACCUAUAUAACCGAAAGCACAGUGCUUACGACCCUUAGAGCAAAACCUGAAACAGUGGUGGUACCUGGAGUACUGGGUUUGGAUUUUGGAACUGAGGUUCAAAUUCUUGCUCUGUCAUGCUUGGCCUGGGAAAAUUUGCAGCCAGAACUUGUGUACAGUGGUACCUCAGGUUAAGAACUUAAUUCGUUCUGGAGGUCCGUUCUUAACCUGAAACUGUUCUUAACGUGAAGCACCACUUUAGCUAAUGGGGCGUCCAGCUGCUGCUGCGCUGCUGCUGCACGAUUUCUGUUCCCAUCCUGAAGCAAAGUUCUUAACCCAAGGUACAAUUUCUGGGUUAGCAGAGUCUGUAACCUGAAGCGUAUGUAACCUGAGGUACCACUGUACUGAGAAGGCAAAAAGUGACUGCAAAACAAUCAAUCAGGCAGCUUAAUAUGUUCUGAAAUGUUAAUGUUUUGAAAUUUAUUCUAUUUUAAUAAAAGUGAUUUUGUAAAAUAUCAUUUUUAUAAACUAAAAUUAACGGCCAAAUUCAUGUCAGUUAUCCCAGUGAGGAAUUCAGUGUAGGGCUAUGGCAAUUGUUCCAUCAGCACAAGUCGUUCAGAUGCACCCCUCCCCCUGUGUGCUGUUCUGGGGGUUGUUCUACCCCUUCCAACCCAACUUUGGGGGUCAUAGGGGAGAAGGGAAAGCUCUGUUGUGCCAGCAAGCACCCUUGUGCAAAAACAUCUGCUAGUGGGGCUACUUAGUUGAAUUCUGUCCUUUGUACUCAGUUAUCAGAACACUGGAAUACCCAAUUGUACAUUUACUUCUUAGUGAGCCAUUGGGCAGACGACUGUCUGCAUGCUUUUGAUACCUCCAGGAGUAGAGACUUACUUUUAAAAGGAAAGUGAUAUUUCAGAGGGUAAUAUUCCAGAGGGGACUAGACUGCCAGAUUUCCCCCUCAUGCUUACAACCUGGCCCUUGGGCAACAGGAUGUUUUAGUCUGAACUACCUUGUGGCGUUAUGAGGUAAACUGACAUAAUUGUGCAAAGUCCUUGGGAAGGAAGGAGUAGGAUGGAACAAAUAUAUAAAAUGUAAGAGAGAGAUAUCAUAAAAUAAAUAAGCACUAAAAAAAUCUGUAUUUACCAAGUUUGUAUUUGUACCAAGUUUGUAAAUACCAAAAUCUGUAUUUACCCCUCAAGUUUGAAUUCAUGUGGACUGGGAAGAUUCGAUGCCAGAAAGACCAAAAGUUUAUCGAGGACUGGGGGAAAUUUACAGAAUAUCUGAAAAAUAUAUGUGAUGUACAGACAACGCUUGUUGGUUUUGAAGAGACUCUGUGAAAUAGUAAGAAAUACUGCAAAAAAGAAAGUAAGAGGAAAAGGAGUGGGGAAAGGCAUGUUUUAGAAAUAUCAUGUUUAGAAAUUUUUCGAAAGAUUGACAGAGAAACUGAGGGAAGUCAAAAAUUGAAGCAUGAGUGUAAAACAAUUUGUUGAUUGUAUCACACUUGUUUGGAAAAUGAAUAAAAAUUAUUUUUUUAAAAAAGAAAGAAUUCAUGUGAUUGAACUGAGGCAAUACUGACCCUACCAUGCUAACUUGAGUAAUCUUUCCAGACUAUAACUGAGGUUUACAUGUGGUCUCCCCCAGCUGUACUGAGAGGUAAGUUUCUAAGCUUCUAGCAGUGUAGUGAGCCAUACAUUCCCAAGUGACUCAUUAGAAGUCAAGGGAUUUGAGCUAGGUUCAAGGUUUUGGGGGGCCUUGGGUAAGAGAUCACCAGUAGGUGUUUUUAACCAGCAAUUUAUCUUAGAAUAUCGAUGUCUCUACCAUUUUUCCCAGGCUCAUGUUCGUUUUUCUAAGAAUUCUAACUGUGUGUGCGCCUACAUUACAUGACCCACCCCACAUGUCCAUAAACGUUUGGAGGGAGCAGGUUGUGACCACUGGCCAUACCUCCUGCCAGGAAUGGAAGGGAGGAAAGCACACACACACAAGCAACAUUUUUAUUGAACUCAGUGUGUUUCAAACUGAUUUCUUCAUCAGUGUCUCCCUCAUAUGCAAGUCCUAUGCACACUGCCACCAAAUGCACAACCAGCAGCUGUUACGGCUGGAGCAUGCAUUAGACCUAUUCCCCCCAUUUAAGUCGUGAUUAAACAACAAGCAAAAUACAAACUCACACCGCACAAUCCAGCAGCCCCAAAACAAAACAGCUCCAAUCAAAUCAGCCUCCAAAUGACUCCCGGACGAGGAGAGUCUUGUUGAUUUCAGACAGAGUCCUGAUGACCAUGGAGACUGUCAUUCCAGAGACCAGGGGCACCUGUCAUAAAAAGCCCUGCUUUUAGCUGCUAUUGAUUUCCAGGGUUGGCACAAAAUAUUUUGUAGCCUGAGGCAGGACAGCAAAUAGCGCCCCAUCUUCCCAAGUCAAGUUGCAUAGUCAUUCUGGCCCUUGAGGCCGAAAAUCCAACAAGCCCUUUGCCUGUUUGUUCCCUGGCGGUAAAAAUAUGACAGUAACAAAUAACUCACCAUUUGCUGCCCUUUCGUGACACCCAAAAUUGGCUGCCUGCAGCAGACACCUCACACUGCCUAGUGCUAAGUGCUGGGUCUGGUGAUCUCACCAUACUUAGUGAGCAGAGCCUGAUUACAGGAUUUCAACCAGCAUGGAGGUUCCUACAGUGGGAGGUGGUCUUGGAGAUAGGCUGGCCCCUCGCCUGGAGGGCUCUAAAAAAAAUCCACCCCAGCACACCGGCAUGGACCUGAUGCUAACAGAAAACCAGGUCAGGUGCUACAGACCUGGUUGGAGAUGUUUUCAAGGAAUGGAGCCAUCAAAUCCAAAGUCGGAUUACAAGAGACUCAGUUGUAAGGUUUUGUUUGAUAGAGAUGUUCAUUUUCUCCUGUACCCCCCCUUUUUUUUACAGUGCAAGAGAAUUAUGGACGGCCUCUACAUUCAAGUCACGUCCAUAUGAGGAACUGGACUGUCUCUAUACCUGGCAGCAGCCGCCUUGAGCAGAGUUCAACCUCACUGGCAUCUCCUGAGAACAGUGAAAAGGUACAAUGGAGCUUUGUGGUUUUGUCUUGCUUACAUUGGAUUCACAGGGGGCCUCCAUUAUUUAUUUAAUGUAUUAUAUUAGACUUGCAGUAUUUGAAAUUUCACAAAAGCACACUAGAAAACUACCAGUUUCCUUUUAUUUAGUUGCUAUUUGAGGUUUUAAAGAUCUGUCUGAAAAGGUUAAAAAAAUGAGAAAAUGAAAGUGUAACCCACAGACAUUGAAAUUUGUUAUUUAAUCCGUAGUCUACCUCUCUGCCUUGAACUCUAAUCAAGGUGAUUCACACAGAAAGGAAGCAACUAAAAUUCCUCACUCCAAGAAUUAAAAUCCUCGUAGUGUUCGUGUGUACUGUUCUUAUUUUGAGAUGUAGAGUUGAGAGAUGUUUUCGAAGCAUCCCAGGCACAACCUGGAACAAUUUUCCGUGGAGAACAAAGUGCAGAGCCAGCAGGUUCAAGAGAGGCAGGCAAUUUGAGGCCCUGUUGAAUUUGCUUUGAAGUCUUUGGAAGGUGCUAUAACACCAAGAGCUAUUAUUAUGUUAAUGUACUGUGGACCAGAUUCUGCAGGCUGUUCCAUAAACCAUCAUCCUCAGCAUUCCAUCCCCUGUUCCCUGAAGGUCCUAACCCUGACACCUGGUUUAUGACCCUUAAAACUGAAGACUCCUCUUCCCUGUACAUAUGCCUCAUGAUCAGAGGUAGGUCAGAGUCGGAAGGACAAUUUGCAGCUUGAGUGUUUUGAAAGGAUGCAAAUUGCGUUAUGAAUCUCAGAAAUGCAAAUGGUGGAGUUUUCUCAUUAGCUGCUGUGAGUGGGGGAAAUGGAGAUGGAGAAUGUGUAGGUCAUACAAACCUCAAAGGUUUAUUUGUCCAUGACGCUAAUUCACUUCUGGGCUGUUUGCCUAAUGCAGUCUUCUCUCACUCCCAAGGAUAUUGUGAAGUAUUUAAACUGCUGGAAACGACCAGCAAGGAUUGGUGCAACCUAUUGGUUACUUGUUCAAUUAAAACAUCUCAAAAAUGAAAGCUACUGAGAAUGUGUUACGGUGAUUAAACUAGAUCUGAACUGGUAAUCUUAAUUUUACUUUGGAACGCUUAUAAAGCAAAACAACUAGCUACUAGUUUGGGUCUUUGAGGUCACAGCCCUUUGUUCUCUUAAGUCCGAAGGUGCAUCGAGUUCCAGGUUAUUUGAUUACGUUGCAUUUUGUACCCUUCUGUCCCCUUCCUAUACUGGCUAACAUCAAUAAAAAGCAAAAUAGCUAAUCAACAACAAAAUAAUCCAAAUAAAACAGGGGGGAAAAUCAAAGUGGCAGAUAAAAAGAUCAGUAAACAAACAACCAAUUGGAAAAAUCUUGCACAAGACAGGCUUGCCGGAUGAUCUCAAAGUUCAGACUGAUUAAUGUAGGGGGAUUUUGCCCUUUGGAUAACUUGGCCCCAAGCUGUUUGGGGCUUUAAAGGUAAUAACCUCCCUCACCUUAAAUUGCAUAAGGAAAUCAGCCUACAGCUAAGCAGUAGACAUAACAAGGAAGCAACAUGAUCCUUAAUGGCAACAUAGCACAACGACGGAAAUUUCUGAAUGGUCUUCAAGGGCAGCCUCGCAAAGAGAGCUUGACAGUAGUCCAGCAAGAGGCCUAGCAUGGUGUAAUGGUUUACAGUGCUUCACAAGGACCUAACCUAAGCAUAGGCCCUUGUAGCCACUGCGACAACUUGAGCAAAGCUAAAUCAAGGAACAUCCCCCCAAAUCUGAUCUUUUGAGAGAUUUCUUACUUAAUGCGCAGUAGUCCAGUGAAUUAAAAGAUGUUACACCUCCUAUCACACCCAGUCUUGUACUUAAGGUGCUGUUGUUAGAUUGGACCCCAGAUGAUGGAAUGGUUGUUUUUGUGACAAGGUAAACAAUAAUUUAAUUUAGAUUCCUGGUCUAAAAUUCAGGUUUAGAUCCUGGGUUCAGUUAUGCAACCACCACGUACGGUACUGAGUUUAGUUCUGGGGGCAAACAUAGAUGAUGGGAAUGGAGGCUGGUCCAUUAGGGCAAAUGGGGGCUUGCCCUACUAAGCUGUCAGCUGCCAGCUGUCCCUACCCUCAGCCUAAUCCCUUAGUUACAAAGCUGUCUGGGUUGGAGGUUGAUAGCUUCCUUCUCCUUUGUCUCAGUGUUGCCCUUGUAGCACUCAGCAGGGAGAGGAUGGGGUGAAAAAUAGAAUUAGUUGGCUCUAUAUAUCACUGGCUCUGGCUGUUGGCGAACCCGGCUUCCACCAUACCAAUCAUGAGUAGGAAACAUGAGAAGCAACAAUUUUAAGAUCGAAACAGACAAGAUGUGAAAGUAAUGCUCCAUUUAAAAACAAACAAACAAACCUGAAAUGUAUAGUAGUCCUGUUCUAAACUGAAUCUGGACAGUUGUAUCCGGCAAGUAUCUUUUGCACAGAGCUAUCAAACCAUACCUAGGAGAAGUAUGGGACUGUUCUGUAGGUAUACUGCUUUCAUGCACGACUUCUACACUCAGAUUUCUUGAUGCAAGAAUGGUUGAAGAUCUAUGUGUUGCAUCCAAGGCUGCAAGAGGAGAGUUCUACUUGUGCACCAAGACUUCCGCUUCCUCUCCUCUCCUGUGCCCUGAAAAUCUUCUCCAAAUGGUCCUCCAACCCUCUGGAGCAGGGUGCACUGGGGAGAAGAGGGGAAAUGAUAUUGUGCAAGCAGAAGUCUGCUGUCUUGGAGCCGCAGAACAGCAGCAUUUAAUAUAAUCCUAUAAGCUAUGAACAUGAGUUUGACCAAGCUGCGGGAGGCAGUGGAAGACAGGAGUGCUUGGUGUGCUCUGGUCUAUGGGGUCACGAAGAGUCGGACACGACUAAAUGACUAAACAACAAAUAACAAUAUCUGAAUAGCAGUAGCUGGGUACAGACAUUUUACAUGGAAAUCAGCCCUGAGUGCUCACUGGAAGGACAGAUCCUGAAGCCGAGGCUCCAAUACUUUGGCCACCUCAUGAGAAGAGAAGACUCCCUGGAAAAGACCCUGAUGUUGGGAAAGUUUGAGGGUACAAGGAGAAGGGGACGACAGAGGACGAGAUGGUUGGACAGUGUUCUUGAAGCUACCAGCCUGAGUUUGACCAAACUGUGGGAGGCAGUGGAAGACAGGAGUGCCUGGCGUGCUCUGGUCCAUCGGGUCACGAAGAGUCAGACACGACUAAACGACGACAACAACACUAAAAAUAGGUGUCUUCUGGUUUGAAUUUAAUCUUCUAGAAUUGAAGAAUGAGGGUAGUAGACACGUUCCAUUUGAUUAGGGUCAGAGAUGGAGCACCUACAGCCCUCCAGAUGCUGCUGAAUUCCAACUCCCAUCAGCCCCAGCCAUUGUGGCCAAAUGCCAAGGAUGAUGGGAGAUGAUGUUCAGCAAAUCUGGAGGGCUGCAGGUUCCUCACUCCUGGUUAUGGUUUGAAAACUGUGCUCUGAGGAGUCUAGGAAGACUACACAACAACAGCCUGUUCUUCACUUGAGGGUUGUUGGGUUUUUUUACUCAAAGGGGAUGUAGGAUGUGGUGGAAGAGUGAAUUCUCAGUGGUGAUAGUGCCCAGCAGGCUUAGACAGCACUUUGUUAAGAAUGGUCCUUCUACUGAGGUUCUUUGGUCUUGUGAAUCGUGCAUUUAAACUUAAGGAUUUUGACUUUAUCGUCUUUAUUCAUUGUUUUAGAUCAGAGUUUUCCAACCUUCUCAUGUUGGCGACACACUUUUUUAAGACAUGCAUCAUUUCGCGACACAGUAAUUCAAUUUUACUAGCAAACCGGACAUUAAACUAACCCCUUAUAAGAGCAUUUGUGCAACACACCUACACACUGUAGCUGACACACUAGCAUGCCGCGAUACACAAUUUGGAAAGCUCUGUCCUUCAGGGUAGAUUUCCUUCUCUUAAAUUGUGUAACAGAGCCAUAUACAGUGAUGGCUCUGUAUAAAUAACAGUUAUAAUGUGAUAAUAAGUGGAAAGAGUGAUGCUUCCUGAAUAUCCUGCUUGUGGCUUCCCACGUGCAUGGCAAGCACAGAACCCUGGACUAGAUAGGCAUUUUGGUCUGACCCAACCGGGCUCUUCUUAUAGAAAGGCAUUCUACUGUACAUUUUAGAGCUACAGAUUUAUCACAGUCACAAACCAACUUAAGUUGCUAUGCCCAGGGUAAUUAAUGUUAAGUUUCAUGCAUUACAUCUCAACCACUAAGGAGCCUAGAGUUAUUAGUUUGGAGAAUGUCUUGCAGGAAAGAUUUUAAGGGCAAAUCAAAAGCCCCAAAAGGGCAACAGGAAAGAAGCUCUAGACUGCAAUCCAAAACCCACUUACCUGAUGGCUCCAUUGACAUACAAUACACCACAUUUCUGAGUAAAUGUGUAAUAGGAUUGUACAGUAAGCUUGCCAACUUGGCACUUUCUAUCCUUUGCCUCUAUAGAAAUGAUCCAUAUUACCUUUGCUGGUAUGCAGUGUUCCCCCCUAGGUACCAGUACUCACCAUAAAGUUGUUACAGUAAGUGCCACACUUUUUAACAACAACAACAAGAAGAGGUGCUGGUACUGUGUACCACUGAGUACCUCCUGGGGGAAAAGCACUGCUGGUAUGCUUUCUCAUAAUGCAAUAUAAUCAGAAACAGCUUCCCCUGGAGCUGUCCUGUGGCAUCUCCAAGCCCCUUCCUUGCUUGAUGGGAGCUGAUUGGAGAGAGGGUGCAAACAAAACCUGCAGAAGCCGCAUCUGCAUUCCAGUUUCCCCAGCCACUCUGGGCAGCUCCCAACAGAAUAUUAAAAACACAAUAAAACUUCAAACAUUAAAAUCUUCCCAAUACAGGGCUGCCUUCAGAUGUCUUCUGAAAGUCAGAUAGUUGUUUGUUUCAUUGACAUCUGAUGGGAGGGCGUUCCACAGGGCAGGCACCACUACCGAGAAGGCCCUCUGCCUGGUUCCCUGUAACCUCACUUCCCGCAGGGAGGGAACAGCCAGAAGGCCCUUGGAGCUGGACCUCAGUGUCUGGGCUGAACGGUGGGGGUGGAGAUGCUCCUUCAGGUAUACUGGGCCAAGGCCGCUUAGGGCUUUAAAGGUCAGCACCAGCACUUUGAAUUGUGCUCAGAAAUGGACUGGGAGCCAAUGUAGGAGUGCCAGUGCUACUUCCUAGUACCCUGUCUGAACUCUUUCAGAGAAAGGUGGGUUUUUUUGGGGGGGGGUUCCCUCUUGAUCUGCAAUCUGCUGGAAUGUGGAUGUUUAACACAGAGAAAGCUUGGGAACACAAGCAAGCAUAUGUCUCCUGGAAAAUGCAAGCUAAGUUAAUGGUGGCAUUUACAGAGGCAUUACUUUUUUCACAGGUGUGGUAUGGAGGGGGGGGGGUUAACCGCCCCCCCCAUGUUUCAGAUGACAAAAAUGUUCUUCUUGAGGUGCACCUGUCCCUGAGCAGUGAGACAAGAAAAUGAACCACAACAAUGCUCUUAAUAUACACUGGUUUUUGGAAUCUAAACUUAGAUGUAUCCAACACUUUGAAUUUCAUAGUCAAGCUUAGAAUAUCCAAUCCUUUGAACUUUUAAAGGGUACCACUGGCACCCCUGAAAUCUCUUCUCACCCUCCAUUAGUACUGGAAUGGCCCACAAGUGCUUCCGAACCUCCUCCAUCUGUGUUUGAACAUCAUGCUUGUCAAUCAUGCAAUUUCAGUUCCACUUUAGAAAUUUGUGCCUACUGACUGGGCCAAGAUAGCAUAUGAAAAUGGUGAUCUAGCUAUUUCUAGGUGUGGUGGAAAUUAACCCUGUUAUUUCUAGAUGGUGAUGCUUUGUGUGUUGCAUGCCGUGCCAUCCCAUUCAUGAUGCCAACCCUUCCCUUACCAAAUCUUAAAGCACAAUGGAAAGGAAUCCCUCAGACACUUUUGAUGCAUCAUCAGAAUGGUAGGAAACAUUCUGAGCAAAGGCAGGCACCAGGGAAACAUUCUGUGAGCCAAAUGGGUAAGUGGGAAAAGCGACACUUCGGGAGCUGUGAUGUCACUUGUGGAGCCCUCUGGAAUGGCCAAAUGGUCUACAAAAGCAUUCUAGUGCUUUAAAAAUAAUGUUACAUGAAUCCAUAUCUUCCACAGGUAGUAGGACCAUGACUGAAUGAAAACAAAGUUUGUGUGUGGCUGCAAACAAAUGUAUUAUACUUGGUGUUGAACACCUUUAUCAGGGAAAUACACCUUGGUGUGUUCAAAACCAAUUCAACAAAAGUUAUACAGGCCAAUUCUAUAUGUGUCUAACUCAGAAGUAAGCUCCAUCGUUUUCUUACUUACUUAAGUGUAUAUAUAGGACUACAGUCACAGAGAUUCAGGUUUUAACAUUGCAGGAGUGCAAAUCAAGUUCUCUAGUGAGCAAGGGCUCCCCUUUCGCUUCCAUACCAAAGGCAGCUUAAUGUGAAAACGAGUCACAUGAAAGCUUCACACAUGACCUGCAGUUCCCAUGAGCAGAGGGAAUAUUGGAUCAGGACUAACAUAGUUUGCAUCUGGAAAAGCCAAUAUGGUGCCGUUCAGAUGCUGUGGGGACUACAAUUCCCACCAGCGCAAGUUGGUAUGGCAAAUGUUCAGGGAUGAUGGGAGUUAGAGCCUCACAACAUAUGAAGGGCACCAUAUUUGCUACCCCUGACUCAGGCUCAUUUAUUGGAAAAAAGGAGUAACAUCUGUGAUGCUUACAAUUCUAAGAAGAAAAUGUAUGGUGCAUUACUGUCUGCAAAUUUCCACCUUAGUCCUACAAAGCUACUGCAUUUCAGCGUAAAGUUACAACGAUUUUCCUGUGUGUGUGUGUGUAAUAUAUGACUCCCCAAAAUGAAGGAAAGGUGAAUGGUUCCCCAUUAUAUCCCAGCUUGUUAUCAAAGUACCGUUUGAGAUACUUUUAAGGAGUCUGUCACCCUUGUGCGAUAGCUCGGGAAAGACAAUGGGUUGUACCUAAUGCAAUACUCAAGAGUAGACCCAUUAAAAUUAAUGGGAAUGUCAAUCUUAGUUCCAUUAACUUCAACGGGCGGUAGUCAACUAAAUCCUUGCACAAGAGGAACAACUUCUGCUUGCACGAUGGGAUUCCCCCUGCUUGCCCAAAUAUGAUCCUGAUGGCUGGGGAACAAAUUCAGAGUACGCACAGGGAGAGGAGAUUGGGGGAGAAGAGUCCCUUUGCACAAGCACAAAUAGCUCUACUUCCACAACAAUUUACUUAGUGCUAUGCUGAGUUCAACCAGGGCUUUUUCUCCAGCCGGAACUUGCUGGAACCUCUCAGGUGGGUUCUGGCACCUCUCCAGUGCCAUCCUAAGAGAAUGAGGGAGGUGUUCAUGGUGAGUUGUGGCACCUCUUUUUCUAGAAAAAUAGCACCGAGUGCAACCCAGUGGGUCUGCUCCGAGUAAAAUUUAUUUGGAUACAACCCAUUCUGUUCUCUCUCUCAAGAGUGGAAUGCAGUAAUAAUGACUAUAACACAGUGGGGUGAAUCUGAGUUGGGCAGAUUUUGACCAGGAUCCAUAUGUUAAGGUUAGAGUAAAUGUUUCACUUAGUUUCCUUGUAAAGACCUAUACAUGGUCUGAAUGUACAAGUGUUACAACGUGAACAUUUUAAACCAUCACUUUACCACUGAAAAGUAAUGCAGAUUGUAAAGAAAAUGAGUUUCUCUCUCUCUCUCUCUCUCUCUCUCUCUCUCUCUCACACACACACACACACACACUCACACUCACACUCAAAUUAACCAAUGGUUUGGCUUCUUCUGGCUUUACAUUUAAAAAGCCAUACCCUUCUGCCAUAUGUUUUUCAAUUGCAUCCUUUGGUUCAUUUCACACACACCCUCUAGCCCAAGAGUAGCCCAUAACCUUCAGGGCAGGGGAGCCCAAAGGGGUGCUGGUUAUGUUUGUAUAGCCUAUGGGAGCUUUGUAAACCACAAUAACAAACAACAACAACAACAACAAAAAAAACCCCAAGCAUCAUAAAAGCCCAACUAAUUUUAAGUAUGUGUGUUAGGUUACCAAACUUAAACACAAAAUGCAGUGGGGAUGGGCUACGUUUGUACAAUGUUGCACAAAAAAGAAAUGUAGGAAACUCUCACUGUAACAAUAAUACGGGGGGGGGGGCAGGGAGCACUAGCACAAAAGCCAAACUGUGUUUUUUCCUUUUUUUGGGUUACCAGACUUAGAACUGAUCACGCAAUUUCAUUUCAGUAACUUACAAUUUCUACUCUCUUUGAUAAUGUGCUGUAAAAGAGCCAACUUUCUUUAAUGACAAGGCUUUAAGAGGAAUGACUUUUCUGAACAAAAAAUAUCAAAGCUGAGCAAAGAUGAGUUUUUUUUUAUAAAAAGGAAACUAUGAAUUAAAAUGACCUUGUGUUCCAAAACUUUUUCACACAUUGCUUGAUGUUCUCAGUUCCUCUCCCCUGCCAGCGCCCCCACCCCAGAAACAGAGCUGGUGCCUUUGGCAAAUGGAGACCUGAGAGGGCAGAGAAAUCAUAAUCUCACUGCAUUAUCUAUUGGAACUGCUUAGCACUGAGGGUGCCUGGUGUUUUUCAGCGUAACCUUUAGCAGUUAUUAAAGCAAUCACAAAUAUUUUCUUCCUAUCAGAGUUGGAGUCCUCUCUGCUAGGAGCAAAGGCUGA